CACAUAGAGAAAAGUGUGAAAAAAACACAGUUGGUAAAGACGCACAACACAUUUUUAAAAAAAUAUUUAUUCGGAAAAGGGUUUCGGUUAAAAGGGAAGAGGCAGAAUGCAGAGCUGUCAGCACACAAGAAGUUCGAAGUGCGAAAGAAUUAAACAUCUUAUCAGAUAACAACAACAGAAAAAAAGCUGAACCAAUUCUUCGUAAGAUCCAUCGAAAGUACAAACCCCAAGAAAAGAGAGGGAAGAGGCCAUGAAAGGAAGAUCUGCUCACUCUGCAGAUUUGUUGGUAUGUUUCCCAUCAAGAUCCCACUUGGCCUUGCCUCCAAAACCCAUCUCCAGCCCUGCUCGCCCCUCCGACUCCAAGAACCGCCGCCACGUCAUCCCCCUCCACCGCCGCCACGUCAGCAAGCUCGUCGGCGGGCACGUGAGUCCUUUGCUUUGGGCGAAACACAGCACCAGGCAGGUGGGCUCCACCACCGCUGGAGAGAUUGCUGAGCCCACGUCGCCGAAGGUGACGUGUGCCGGUCAGAUUAAGGUUCGGCCGAGCAAACGCGCCGCCAGAGAAGGCGCGUGCAAGAACUGGCAGUCUGUGAUGGAAGAGAUCGAGAGGAUACACAGCAGCAGAUCUCAGGGAAGAUUCUUCGGCUUCAAGAAAGACGUGAUGGGUUUCUUGACGUGCCUCAGAAACGUCCGCUUCGAUUUCCGGUGUUUCGGAUCAUUCCCUCAUAACGAUAUCUCCACGGAAGACGAGGAAGAUCGCGAGGAUAACCAAGAGGAGGAGGACGAGAUCGAAGAAGAAGAAGAAGAGAGUUCCAGAACAGUGUUUCCGAAGUGGUUCAUGGUCCUACAGGAGAAUCAAAACGACGGGAACAAUGCGCUGAAACGUGAAUGUGAACGCAAACGCGGCUCCUGCGAUUUGGACAAUAUAGAAAACGGGAAUACAGACGUGGAACCGGCGGUUCCGCCGCCGAAUGCGCUGCUUCUGAUGCGGUGCAGGUCUGCUCCGGCGAAAAGCUGGUUAGAAGAACAGAAGACGGAAACAGAACAAGAACAUAGCAAGGAUCAAGGAUUCGAAAGUACAGUAAAGCGUGAAGAAGGACGUGAAGAUCAAGAAAAGGAUAAAGAAAAGAAGAAGAAAAAGGAUCUGAGGUCGUUAAUGGAGGAAGAGAAUAUGAAUUUGGUGGUGAUGAGAUACGACACAGAGUUCUACAGACUCUCUUCAGACAUUGCCAAGGAAACUUGGGUUGUCGGAGGAAUCAAAGAUCCCUUGUCCAGAAGUCGAAGCUGGAAGAGAUGAUGAUCCAUCACCAUCGUCGUAUAUUUUUUAAAAAUUAAGUUUCGUAAGCAUUUUUAUAUGAUUUUCCAGUGAUUUUAUGACUGGGUUAUUACGUGUAUUAUUAAGUUUCUCUCUCUACAUGCUUCGAGUUCUUCAAUGGCUCUGUUCUUGAAGUUUUUGUGUUUCCUCUUAUGUUUCGUGAGUUGAUGAUAUUUAACAGAGUUGCAUGUAAUACAAGUCAUAAUAAUAUGUACAAAAUGUUUGCUUUAAUAGAUCAAGAUCUGGUUACGUUUUCACUU